AAGCGCGCGUGUUGGUUCGAGCGAAAGGGCAGCGCUGUGCUCUGUCUGUCUCCAGCGCACUAAACUGCCCAUCUAAAAUAUGUCACGUCUCUGCUUUUAGCAUUUAAAUGUUUUGCAAUGAAAAGGUUUACGAGCAGAGAACAUGGAGAAGCGACAAGGAUGCACUGAACUCAAGGGAAUGGAAAACUUAAACGUUGAUCUGGCCGUAAAAGAAGACUGUAAGUGAGUGCAUGUAGGUGUAGGCGUUUUGUACAGCUCAUCCUCACCUACAGUGGGAUUACAAAGCGAAAUCCAAUUGCACUUCAUCAGACAAAUCUAUACAUCCAGUCACCUCAUUCCAGGAUUAUGGAAUUUCAUUGAGUCUGAUAUUAACUGCAUGUUUGGAUAUGGAAGCGGUGAAAGAGCGCGUUUUAGCCCCCGGUAAGGCGGGACUGAAGAAUCUGGCUGGAAAGACCCUGGCACAUAUGCAAAGAGUUAUUGAGAAGAAGCAGAAAACGGGCGAAGUGAUCGAGCUGACUGAAGAUGGCCGCCCCAAACAGAUCAGAGAGAGGAAAGCGCCGCUGCUUGACUGUGCGUGCUUUGGGCUUCCGCGCCGCUACAUCAUCGCCAUCAUGAGCGGCCUGGGCUUCUGUAUUUCUUUCGGAAUCCGCUGCAACCUCGGGGUUGCGAUAGUGGGCAUGGUCAACAACAGUACCGUACACCAGGGCGACAAGAUCAUCAUCAAAGAGAAAGCGAAGUUUAAUUGGGAUCCGGAGACGGUGGGGAUGAUCCACGGCUCGUUCUUCUGGGGUUAUAUAGUGACACAGAUCCCUGGAGGAUACAUCUCCUCAAGACUGGCAGCCAACAGGGUGUUCGGUGCCGCCAUCCUGCUGACGUCAACACUCAAUAUGUUUAUUCCCUCGGCGGCUCGCGUGCACUACGGCUGCGUUAUAUUUGUGAGGAUAUUACAGGGCUUGGUGGAGGGUGUGACCUAUCCAGCCUGCCAUGGUAUAUGGAGCAAGUGGGCGCCGCCUUUAGAGAGAAGUCGAUUGGCAACUACAUCCUUCUGUGGUUCCUAUGCUGGUGCUGUGGUAGCUAUGCCUCUGGCUGGGAUCCUGGUUCAGUAUUCAGGCUGGUCAUCUGUUUUCUAUAUUUAUGGUAGUUUUGGAAUUGUCUGGUAUGUUUUCUGGAUCCUGGUGGCUUAUGAGAGUCCAGCCGAACACCCAACUAUUACAGAUGAAGAGCGGCUUUACAUAGAAGAAAGUAUUGGAGAAGGGACAAAACUGCUUGGGGCAACUGAAAAAUUUAAGACACCCUGGAGGAAGUUCUUCACUUCAAUGCCUGUCUAUGCAAUUAUUGUGGCCAACUUCUGCAGGAGCUGGACCUUCUACCUUCUGCUAAUUAGCCAGCCAGCGUACUUUGAGGAGGUGUUUGGCUUUGAGAUAAGUAAAGUUGGCAUGUUGUCCGCCCUGCCUCACUUGGUCAUGACCAUCAUAGUGCCCAUAGGAGGCCAACUUGCUGACUUCCUACGCAGCAAUAAAAUCAUGUCCACCACCAAUGUCCGGAAGAUAAUGAAUUGUGGAGGAUUUGGGAUGGAGGCAACAUUGUUGUUGGUAGUAGGUUUCUCCCACAGCAAAGGUGUAGCUAUCUCAUUUUUGGUAUUAGCAGUGGGAUUCAGUGGCUUUGCCAUAUCAGGUUUUAAUGUGAACCACCUGGACAUUGCACCCAGGUAUGCCAGUAUACUGAUGGGCAUCUCCAAUGGAGUUGGCACACUUUCUGGAAUGGUCUGCCCUCUUAUAGUGGGUGCCAUGACCAAAAACAAGAGUCGGGAAGAAUGGCAAAAUGUGUUCCUUAUUGCUUCCUUGGUCCAUUAUGGUGGUGUGGUGUUCUACGGGAUCUUUGCAUCAGGCGAACAACAGCCAUGGGCAGAUCCAGAGGAAACCAGCGAGGAAAAGUGUGGCUUCAUCGAUGAAGAUGAGCUUGCUGAAGAAACCGGCGACAUUACACUUAGUCAUGCUCCGUUUGGAGCCCAGGGAGCUUUUGGGGCUCCCCAGAAAUCAUAUGGGGCCACAACUCAGCUCAAUGGGGGAUGGGCAGGAAACUGGGAUAAGAGAGAGGAGUUCAUCCAGGAUGGAGCUGUGCAGGUCUAUCCUCAGGAUGGAGAUGGAUACUCAUAGGACACAGGGG